CACCCAGAGGCCGAGGCGUCAACACUCCGUUUCCCAGCCGGUGCUCCUUCCAGCCCCUGGUGUGGUCGAUUUGGCAGGGGUGGAGCGCCAGGCGCGUGCAGAGCCGGGCGGACCCGCCCCUCGGGCCAAGGCCGGGCGGGAGGCGGAGCUCGUACUCAGGAGCCGCCUCCCGGGCGGCCGGGGCGGUCCCCGAGCCGCUUUCCGCGGCCUCCGGUUUCCCUGGGCUGUACUAGCUCGCUGCGGCCGCGUCUGGGGACCACCUGGCUUCAAGUGUGGAUUUCCACGGCUGUUGCUCAGAGGCGGGUACGCUGUGUUCCAGUGUGCCAUGGAACUCACACAGUGGCACUUUGUGGCUUCAUGAAGGAAGAGGCAGGCCACGCAACACUUCCUCCCCAAGCCAAGGAGAAGUAGCACUUUUAGAGGCAGAGGAGCGGAAGGCAGUGGGUGUGACCAAAAGUGUCAUUUAUUAAAGAUUGUUGGAGCAGAACUACUGAGCAAAAGCAGGCAUUGUAUCCUCAGUUGUCAUCAAGUUCGCAAUCAGAUUGGAAAAGUUCAACUUGAAGCUUUUUUGCCUGCAGUGAAGCAGAGAGAUACAUAUUAUUCACGUAAUAAAAAACAUGGGCUUCAACCUGACUUCCCACCUUUCCUACAAAUUACGAUUACUGUUGCUUCUGACUUUGUGCCUGACGGUGGUUGGGUGGGCCACCAGUAACUACUUCGUGGGUGCCAUUCAAGAGAUUCCUAAAGCAAAGGAGCUUGUGGCUAAUUUCCAUAAGGCCCUCAUUUUGGGGAAGGGAAAAACUCUGACUAAUGAAGCAUCCACGAAGAAAGCAGAACUUGACAACUGCCCUUCUGUAUCUCCUUACCUCAGAGGCCAGAGCAAGCUCAUUUUCAAACCAGAUCUCACUUUGGAAGAGGUACAGGCAGAAAAUCCCAAGGUGUCCAGAGGCCGGUAUCGCCCUGAGGAAUGUAAAGCUUUACAGAGGGUCGCCAUCCUCAUUCCCCACCGGAACAGAGAGAAACACCUGAUGUACCUGCUGGAACAUCUGCAUCCCUUCCUGCAGAGGCAGCAGCUGGAUUAUGGCAUUUACGUCAUCCAUCAGGCUGAAGGUAAAAAGUUUAAUCGAGCCAAACUCUUGAAUGUGGGCUAUCUAGAAGCUCUCAAGGAAGAAAAUUGGGACUGCUUUAUAUUCCAUGACGUGGACCUGGUACCUGAGAAUGACUUUAACCUUUACAAGUGUGAGGAGCAUCCCAAGCAUCUGGUGGUUGGCAGGAACAGCACUGGGUACAGGUUACGUUACAGUGGAUAUUUUGGGGGUGUUACUGCCCUAAGCAGAGAGCAGUUUUUCAAGGUGAAUGGAUUCUCUAACAACUACUGGGGAUGGGGAGGCGAAGACGAUGACCUCAGACUCAGGGUUGAGCUCCAUAGAAUGAAAAUAUCCCGGCCCCUGCCUGAAGUGGGUAAAUAUACAAUGGUCUUCCACACCAGAGACAAAGGCAACGAGGUGAACGCGGAACGGAUGAAGCUCUUACACCAAGUGUCACGAGUCUGGAGAACAGAUGGGUUGAGUAGUUGUUCUUAUAAAUUAGUAUCCGUGGAACACAAUCCUUUGUAUGUCAACAUCACAGUGGAUUUCUGGUCUGGUGCAUGAUCCUGGAUCUUUUGGUGAUGUUUGGAAGAACUGAUUCUUUGGUUGCAAUAAUUUUGGCCUAGAGACUUCAAAUAGUAGCACGCAUUAAGAACCUGUUUCAGCUCAUCGUUGGGCUGAAUUUUUCCUUUUUGUAUUUUCUUAGCAGAGCUCCUGGUGAUGUGGAGUAUAAAACAGUUGUAAUAAGACAACUUUCUUAGUUGUUUUGAUCAUGAGGGUUAACUAUUGUAAUAUGGAUACUUGAAGGACUUUAUAUAAAACGAUGACUCACAGGAUAAAAUGAAUGCGAUUUGAGGACUCUGGUUGAAGGAGAUUUAUUUAAAUUUGAAGUGAUAUAUUAUGGGAUAAAAGGCCACAGGAAAUAAGACUGCUGAAUGUCUGAGAGAACCAGAGUUGUUCUUGUCCAGUGUAGAAAGGUACGAAGAUACAAUACUGUUAUUCAUUUAUCCUGUACAAUCGUCUGUGAAGUGGUGGGUCCCAGGUGAGAAGAAGGCCACAAAAGAGGGGAGAAAAGGUGACGAAUCAAGAUGCAGUGAACUUGGGAAUGAAGAGGUAGCAGGAGGGCAGAGUGUCUUCUCCAGAGGCAGCAGCAGCUGAGCUGGUUGCAGCUGCUGAUAGCCUGCAGGGGAGGCACCUGCCCAGGUAUGCCUUCCAGUGAUGCCCACCAGAGGACACAUUAUCUAUUAGUUUUUAGAGUUUUUGUAAAAUGAUUUUGUACAAGUAGGAUAUGAAUUAGCAGUUUAGAAGUUUACAAAUUAACUGAUAAUCAGUACGUCUAUCAAAUACCUCUGUAGUAAAAUGUGAAAAAGC